AUGAACACUGUGAAUACACUGAAACUAGCGGAACUUGAGAAAACUGUUGAUGCUCACAGUCAUAGUAUUGCGAUUCUUCAUGAGAUGCUCUCUGUUAUGACGAGUAAACUUGAUGAGAUCAACGAAGACACCGCAUCUUACUAUGAAAUAUCUCGUGGAAACAAAUUACUGUUAUUUGACCUUAAAGAAGUGUACGAUUGCGCACAUGGGAUCAAAGGGAUUACUACAUCUUUGGAAGAGGUCAAGACUCGUGUCGACGACUACAGUUGGUAUCUUAAAAACAAAAUUAAAGAACACACCCAAAGUCCUCUAGUUGUCCAAAAGACUCAACAAAUCUUAAAAGAUGAAGUCCAUGUGAUGGGAACGGAAGUCUCUACUCUGAAAGACGACUUGAAAGCGUUGAAUGACGUGGUACGUGGGAAGUCCCUUGAAGAUAUCAAACCGUCGAAUCCAAGCCCAAGAGUGGCGGAAACUCUUCAUCACCUUUCACUGGAAACGAAAGAGAAAAACAGCAAAUCUGGUUCUCCCCCACCAAAAGACACGACAGGAGGUAAAAGUCCACGAAAUUUCUUUGGAAAAUUAAAGAAACAAAUUGGCGGCACAUCGAAGGAAGAACCGCCACCAAGUACCGACACAAACAAAACGCCACGAGAACUUGCUAAAGAGAAGAAGGAAAAGUUGAAGAAGGAGAAAGAAGAGAAGGCCAACCAGAAGAAGGAGGAGAAGGCGAAGAAGAUAAGCGACGCGAAGGAAAAGCGCCAAAAUAAAGAGAAGAAGGACCGACCGAAGAGUGACGUCCUUCAACAAGCGGAAAUCCAAAAGGAAUUAACUGUGAAGGAAAAGAGCUCUCCAAAAGAACCAGCAAAAACCGCUCCAGGGAGUAAGAGAGAGUCACUCAAUAAAGAAGAACAACAUGUGGAAGACUCAAACACUACACAAAGUGUGAAAGAAAGUAAAAAUGUGACUCGACCGCAAAGUGUCACUAUAGACGUGUCGCUGGUGAAAGUUAAAGUCGAACCUUUUGAGAAAACAAAUGCAGAAAAGUUCUUUGAAAUGGGAGAAGACCACCGAGUCGCUGUGUAUAUGCCCAACUUUGAAAGCAAGGAACAACAAAAAUUUUUCGAAUGGAUGAAAUACGCUUUUCAUGCCACAAACUUUUUUGAAUUGUAUCUUGAAUGUCGACCACAAAACGUCUUUAUUGUCUGCAAAACUAUUGAAGAAGGAAUUGAUGUAGAAGAACAAGUCUACAAGAUGUUCCCAGAUACAACGUGUUACAUUGCACAAUAUGGCAAGCCUUGUGAUCCAGAAGCAGAUAUUAUAUACACUGUCGACAACGAUGGUAAAUUUGUGAAUGAAAUUGAUAACUACCAACUCGUUAACAGUUUUUUGAACCAUCAGCGUCAAUAUUGUCAAUAA